AUGUAUUCACCUGAACAUAUUCGUGCAUGGAAGAAGAUCACAGAGGCCGUCCACGCGGAAGGCGGAUACAUUUUCGCUCAGAUGUGGCAUACUGGCCGUCUUGCCGUAUCUGCCUGUCUAGGCGGUCGUAAACCACUGGGAGCAUCGUCCCUCAAGCUGGAAAACUGGAAGCAGCGGUUCACUCCAGUCGGAUACGUGCCGACAGAAGAACCUAAAGAGAUGACUCUGGAAGACAUUCAAGACACCAUUGCCGAUUUCGUUCAUGCCUCAAAAUGUGCAAUCGAGGCUGGUUUUGAUGGGGUGGAACUGCAAGGAGGAAACGGUUAUCUUCUCGAACAAUUCCUCAACCCAAAAGUCAAUAACAGCCGAAAAGACAGAUACGGCGGUCAACGUAUUGCGAAUCGCGCCCGUCUCACACUCGAGCUCCUCGAAGCCGUAUCGGCAGCGGUUGGCGCCGAUCGUGUCGCAAUCCGCAUCUCUCCGUUCAACUAUUUCCAGAUGCCAGAAACGCAUCCCGACCCGGUAGCUGACUUCUCAUGGCUGCUGGAGAAGAUUGACCAGAUGGGUCUGGCAUUCGUUGAAAUCAUGCAGCCGCGAGCGGAGAUGAUCAUAUCUGCUUCUGCACGUCUGGAACUGGUAAAAGAAGCAGCUAGGGCUAGAGGCGUUCCUGAAGAUCAGCUUGACUGGGAGGUAUCCCUGCAGCCAUUCCGCAAGGCGCUGAAGCAAACCGUCUUGUUCUCGAGUGGAGCGUUCGAUGGCGAGAACUGGAUCGAACCGAUCGAGUCCAACGUCCUUGAUGGCGUUGUCUUCGGUCGUCAGUUCAUCAGUAACCCCGAUUUGGUCGAGAGGUUGCGUAACAACUGGAAACUGUCGCCUUGGAAUAUGCAGACUUUCUAUACCCCUGGUCCGGUUGGGUAUGUGGACUAUCCGACGUACAGUGUGAAGAAUGGGGAGGGGUUAAAUGGUACUGAUGAGCCUGUCGAGGUGCCCUUGCAGACGCUGAAGCUUUAG